GCAGCUAGGAGGUAGCAAGCGAGCGGACACACUAGCGGCGUGCUCUCAGGUCACCGGCGGUGGGCACGAUGAGACCCGGAGAGGAGCGGCCGGUGGACGGGGGCGCCUGCGCGGGCGUCUCCGAGCUGGAGCUGCUGAAGCUGCGCGCCGCGGAGCGCAUUGACGAGGCGGCCGAGCGCCUGGGGGCCCUGAGCCGCGCGAUCUGGAGCGAGCCCGAGCUGGCCUACGAGGAGCACCGGGCCCACGGCGUGCUGACCCGCUUCUUCGAGUGCGAGCCUCCGGUCGCCUCGUGGACGGUGCAGCCGCACUACCACCUGGCCACGGCCUUCCGCGCCGAGUGGGGGCCGCCGGGGGCCGGCGCGACGCAGCGGCCGCUGCAGCUGGGCUUCCUCUGCGAGUACGACGCGCUGCCGGGCAUCGGGCACGCCUGCGGCCACAACCUGAUCGCCGAGGUCGGGGCGGCGGCCGCACUGGGCGUGAAGGGGGCCCUGGAGAGCCUCCCCGGACCGCCUCCGCCGGUGAAGGUAAUUGUCCUGGGAACCCCUGCAGAAGAAGAUGGUGGUGGCAAAAUUGAUUUAAUUGAAGCAGGGGCUUUUAAAAAUCUUGAUGUUGUUUUCAUGGCCCACCCAUCCCAAGAGAAUGCUGCUUACCUUCCUGAUGUGGCUGAACAUGACAUGACUGUAAAGUACUAUGGAAAAGCCUCCCAUGCUGCUGCGUAUCCCUGGGAAGGAUUAAAUGCAUUGGAUGCUGCCGUUCUCGCCUACAACAAUCUGUCUGUUUUGAGACAGCAAAUGAAACCAACCUGGAGAGUCCAUGGCAUAAUAAAAAAUGGUGGUGUAAAACCCAAUAUCAUUCCCUCUUAUUCCGAAUUAAUCUAUUACUUCCGUGCACCCUCAAUGAAAGAACUUCCAGUUUUGACCAAAAAGGCAGAAGAUUGCUUCAGAGCUGCAGCUUUGGCUACUGGGUGUACAGUAGAAAUAAAAGGUGGAGCCCACGAUUAUUACAAUGUUCUUCCCAAUAAGAGUCUGUGGAAAGCUUAUAUUGAAAAUGGAAAAAAACUGGGAAUAGAAUUUAUUUCAGAAGACGCAAUGCUGAAUGGCACUUCAGGGUCUACUGAUUUUGGAAAUGUCACUUUUGUGGUUCCUGGGAUUCAUCCAUAUUUUUACAUUGGAACUGAUGCCUUGAAUCAUACAGAACAAUACACUGAAGCUGCAGGUUCACAAGAAGCUCAGUCCUACACUUUACUUACCGCCAAGGCUCUGGCAAUGACUGCAUUGGAUAUUAUUUUUAAACCAGAGUUGCUAGAGAGAAUCAAAGAGGACUUCAAGUUGAAACUUCAAGAAGAAGGGUUUUCAAAUACAGUAGAAUAAAAGGAAGAUCUAGGAGCCACUUAUGGAUCAUUGAGAAGUAAUGAUUUUUUCUUUAAUCUUUUUUAAUGAUGGAGGAGGGCAUCCUUAAUUUUUAGUGUUAAGGGAUUCAAAUUCCUCUUACCUGAAACGUGAGAACAUGAUGUAGAGAAAACACAUGACCUCAUACCUAAAAUGAAAGUUUUCAGGGGUGCCUGGCUGGCUCAAUCAGUAGAGCUUGUGACUCCUGAUCUCAGGGUCAUGAGUUUGAGC